GGUUAAAAUCUUGAUGCCGGCUGAUUACAAUUUUUAUUUAUAAACGGAAUAUUAUAUUUCUUACGGGAUUAAUUUUCAUUUUAAAACAAGAUGUGUUAAAAGCAUUCGAGUUAAGAAAGUGCGAAAAGUAAAACCAAUAACGAGGUAACUACUCCAACAAAAUUUUUGGUGCUCUGCUAGUAUUUUGUAACCUUACAAUAAUUUACAUCCCUCAUGGAAGACAAAAGCGAAAUAUUUUCCAAAAGACUACUAAAGGCUGUAAUUCUUAAUAUAGUUUUACAAUGUGUGCUAGCCGUAAUUCUGGUGUUGCUUAUCCAAGUCGAAUUUCUUCAUCCUAUUUCUUGGAUAACAUCCACAUUAAAUGAUAUAUUUAGCUGGAAGAUGAGUCUGAACGUUAUACUUCUGCUGUUGAUAUCGUUUUUUCAAGCUUAUAUCUACGGAACUUAUUACACCAUGCAAAUUCCUAAAUAUUUUACCAGAUUUGCAAUUUUUAUCCACAUGUUCUCAUUGCAAAACAUUAUUUUCAUGAUAUUAUAUUCACUCAAUGGAUAUUUUGCGCUGAGUUUAUAUUCGUCUCUGGCAAAGGGCAAUUAUAAUGUUCUGAAAAAGAAUUGUGAAAAGUAUGAUGGUCAAUGUCUCACAGAGCAAAGUCUCUUCCUGCAAUUUGGUGGAAUGUGGAUGGGAUUAUUUUAUUUUUUAAAUAACCACAUACUUAGUAAAUCAGUGCUAGUUUUUCCGCAUAUUUAUCAAGAGAAAUUUCAACAAAUAAAACUGGUCAUAUCUAAUAUACUGGCUACAGGAUUUCAGCAUUCAAUAAUGCCCGUAAUUUAUUACUGUAUCUUCUAUUACUUGUGGGGAAGUAAACCAAGAUCGGUAGUUUCUGAAGUCUAUGGUCUAUACUUGGAAGACCCACCACUGGACAAUAUAAUUAAUUUAUUAUCUUCUGGCAUUUGGAUUGGACUAUGGUUUUAUACAAGUCUGUUUUUCAUAUCUGUGUACACAAUGAAAACUGUGUUCAACAUAGUUCUUACAGAACCUAUGAAGUUUCCCGUUCAGUCUAAUAGUGCACAAAACUUGGCUAGUGUACUAUCAGGAGGAGCCCACUUUUCUGGACACCUGGCCGCGCAAGAUUUGAAAAUUCUGUCAAUGACAGACCCAGCAAGAAGAGCUGAAAUAUUCACCCUCUCUCAGCCAGGGGGCCAUCCAAGGAAUUGGAAGAAUAUUUUAGAUAACUGCCUUCACAUGAUCAACAAGUUCACCAGUGACCUGGACAGUUUAAGUGCUGAGCCAAAGGAUGGUAAUUACUUGCAAAAUAAAACAUUACUGAAUAACACAAUCCCUAGUACACCUUUAUCACCAUACUCGGGAACUAUUAGGAAUAUGGCCCAGUCACCGUACUUAUACAAGUUACAGGAUGAAAGCAAAAGUAAGCAAGAAAAUGUUGUAGUGGUAAAAAUGAAAGAGGAGUUUAAUAUAUUUCUAAAGAAACUCUGCCAAAAACCAGGAAUCAAUUACUUGUUUGGUGAACUGACCGAUACUAAACUGAGAUGCAUCCUCAUAGAAGCUCAACCAGUAAUGUGGACUUGCGAGGGACUGGCCCAUUUAACAGCAGCCUCAUUAAAGGAAGACAAUUAUGGUCUGGUCCAGAAUGAUUUACCAGUCAUUAUAACCUCUCUCAUCAAUCUAAAGCAGAGCUUAGACAAAUUAACGAAGCCUGGUUUGGUCCCUAGGAAGCAUAUUUUAAAUGAUUCCUUUACACUCAAAACUAAAGCUGCAAUGCUUUCAUCCGUAAAAAGAAGUUUGUAUAAAAUUAUUCUCACUUUUUCCAAGUACAUCAAUGAAAUAUCUCUCGAACCUGACAUAUUGGCAGUUACACAAACAUUUUUACUGUGCAAAGAGUCAUAAUUAGGAAAUUACUUAAAAUAUGUUUUGAUAAGGGCCAACACUGCUUGCAAUAAGACUUGGCCUGUAUUUUUUGUUAGAAAAUUCCUUUUAAGUAUGUGCUGCCGUGUUAUCGAAUUUUUUAGCUUUUUGUUAGCUAUAAAAUAAUUUGUAAGUAGUUACUCAUGUAGCAUCACAUUGUGGCUGGCCAUAGUUAACCGAUUCAGUGUGGAUGACACGGGAGCCGGGUCAUACAUGUUUUUAAUGUGUGGCGUAUGACACGUGAGCCGUGUCAUUU